ACCUCCGAAAAACGAGAUGCAAUUCUUUUCUUUGCCGGCCAAUUCAACGCAGAUGACUACAUAUCGAUCGCCAUCAUCGGUCCAAAUAUCAUUUUAAGGCAUGAUUGCGGCGAAGGAGCGAUUGAGGACAUGUACCGCGGACCUUUUGCACUUAAUGAGUGGCAUUCGGUCACGGUAUGGAGGAAAUUCUGUGAUCGUACACAGUUGAAGGUGGACUCAAAACCGCUGAUGGUGGAUCUCACUGAGCAGUUCAGG